CAGAAACCACCAGCCCUUCGAGAUGAGAUCUUCGCUGAUUUUCCUGCUGUCGGCCUUUUUGGUCACCUCUCAUCAAUUUUACCUGCAGCGGCCAAUUGUCCCGUUGCUAUGGUUUCCAUCGCCAUACUUGCCACAUCGAUUCAUCAAUAAUUAUCACCUGAUAGACGAAAUUCCGUUUCACCGUCACUUAAAUCCGCCUAGGACCUCCAUCUAUUUCCAAAAUGAGAAUCCAAACUGGACGACCGCCACGAACAAUCUGAAUAACACGGAAGGUUUCCCAGACACCCAGUCGAGGAUCAGAGACUUUAAUCAUCCGUUAAAUGAUAAUCAUUCAAGGCGAUUCUUCCUGAGUGGUUUCAAUUCGGGCAACAACAACAACCCGUUUUUCAGAACGUUUACCACCACAUCGACCAGCACAACUUUCUUAACCGAUUUCAGCACCGCAACCAGCACUUCUUUCGCCGUGUCGACUAAGACAUCCAUCAUCACUUCCACCAGCUUUCUGUUCAGCACCAGCACGGCCACCACUACCAACACGGCCACUUUGACACUCACGUCGGUCAUCAAAUGCGUCCCGUCUUUCCAGCUGUCGGCAGUCCCGAUUACUUGCGGCUGGAAGAAAAGGGCAAUCGAUGAAGAUGAUGAAGAGCAUCAGCAGUUUCUCGUCUCUCCCACGGAAACGCUCAAAUUGAUGCCCACUGCUCUGCCUACACCAACAGGUGAACUGGCCUCACCUGUCGGUCAACUGACAUCGUCCAAAGACGAAAAUGAAAUGUCUAAUGAGGAACAAAGUACUAGGAGGAGCAAGCGAUUCUUUUUCAACCGAUUUCAAUUCUCCACUUUGUUAAUGUUUGAGAAUUCUACGACAACGUCCGUGUCGACGUCUGUAAUUAACUCGAUUAUAGUUAUUCCCACGACAACUGUGACGACAUCAGUGUCGACAUUGACGGCCUUCACCACGUCGACUUAUUCGUCUUACGUGUUUUACAAUACGACCAGCACUCAAACUGUUAAUCUCAUCUUACCGGCGCCAACUGUUCAAUGUAAAGCGCUUUCACAAGCAGCCGGUGACAUCGUUUGUGUCGCCUGUAUACCGCCCGGUUACGUAGUUUGCGCUGCAUCCGGUUAAAAAUCGUUAAUAAUUUUUACUUGCAGCUUAUUCUAUCUAUUUAUUUGCACUUUUGCUUCUGUAAUUAUUUGUGGGUUUGGUUGAAUAAAUUAAUUAGAGGCAUUUCUUCAUCG